AUGGCCGACUCCCUUGCGGCAGAAGGUGAAUGUAAGCUGUUGCUCAGGGCAAAGCAUCCUUUGGUGUUCCUGGAGUUAGAGCCAGGAAGAUUAACAUAUCAGGAGUUAAAGUUUGUGCAAAAUAGAAGACCCAAGAGGAUCUAUAGAGAGAAGCAUGUGCCCGGGAGUUUUUUUAAGGGAGGCCGAGACAUCCACCUCACCUCUUUUGAAUGGAUCGCACUGAGUGGCGCAGAGUGCACGCUUACAUUCAGAGGAAUGUUGAUUUUGAUCUUUGCAACUUAAAAGAGUUCUAUGGAAAGGCAAAUAAGAAAAAAGAAUAAGUCAUCCUGGACCUGAAUCAAGUCGGGACACCUCCCGUACUUGCAGAGCAAGGAGUUGUGAUUAUUUCAUGGGAAUCAGCAGGAGUCUUGCCCUCACUCUUCGCCUGUGAUGAUGAUGGACUUACCCAGCCAGCCCCUGUCUGAGGAGGUCAGCUGAAGACGACACCACGCAGCUAAGUCUGGAUUAGCCGGCCGAACGAGUUUCAAUGCUCCUCCACAUUCUAAGAUGAAGUUAUGGAAAGGUGCUACUUUUGCCUUCGUGCUCUGCGGUGCAGCCCUGUCCACCAUCCUCGUUAGAAACAUGGCCACAAUCGGACAGUUCAAGCUCAAGACCAAACACACAAACACGUCUUCGCCCUUACUGAGACCGUCCGCCUCGUCCGGGUCAACGUCCAGGAUAUCAUUAUCCUCUUCCGACGAUUCGAGGGAGCUUUCCCAGCAGACAGAAGGUCCCCGUCGGAAGAUCCGCUCAACAGACAACAACGUCAACACCAUCCUGUCAGACUUUUCGAGGAUGCUCCAGAGCUUCACAGAGGGCGAGCUUCAGCAUGUGGUUGAGAGCUUGCUCGAUAAGAAGAGGAGGAAGGGCCAGCCUCCAGGAAAGAGCCAAACCAGAAGGACUAAGAGAGCCCGCAGGGCUAAGCCCUGCUCUCUGAGGAAGCUGGUGCUCACGGUGAGCGAGCUGGGCCUCGGCUACAACAGCGAGGAAACGGUGCAGCUGCACUACUGCAGCGGCAAAUGUGCCGCCCACCGGCAGAACUACGACAUCACCAUGGAGCACAUGGUUCGGACGGGCUUCAGGGAGAGAGGACGCAGGGACAAAGUCAGCAACGGGCCCUGCUGCAGACCGACUGCAUUCGAAAAGGGCUUUUACUUCCUGGGUAAUGACAACCGCUACCACAUGAUACAGAACGUGUCUGCAAAACACUGCGAGUGUGUAUGACCCAACGGAGCGGAAACCCUCCCUUUGUCAUGUUGCUCUCAGCUUCUGUAAGAAGACUCAAACAUGGAUUCUGUUCCGUGAUUAAAGGAAUGGAAUAUAAGCUGGAAGAGAGGAGGAAACAGUGGGAAUACGUUUAUGGCUGCUCCACUGCUACCUGCAGUCCCAUGCUGACAUUCGGGAGCCUGUCACCUCAUAUUGGAACCGAGUCUCGUGAACUGCGGGUGCCGUGUUUGGCGUCCACGUGAAAUGAGAAGGAAACGAAAAAGACACCUCCCACCCAAAGGUUCUUCUCUAUCUGUGUAGUAACACUGUCACCUGUGUCACGUUGUGACGUUUGAGUGGCUGCACGCCCGUCGGACUGGUGGCGUUUUCCACCGGAGUGGACCAGUUCGUUGCUGUUACUGCGCUUCACACACGCAAUUCUCCAAAUCUCAGAAUCUACCGAGAUGAAAACAACUAAAUGUUAUGUAAUAUUUAAUUGCCUACGCUUACCUCAAAUUCUGCACCGGACAUUUUUUUGCCCACCGACCCGAUGACAAUGUUGAGUUGUGACACAGCACCAGAACACAUGUCGACUUAAAGGUGUGUUGAGUUGUUACGAUCACACAACAUUUUGUCGCUUUUUAGUUCCCAGCUCAUACACAUAAAUGUACUGAUUGCAGUGUUAUUACACAGGUACAAGCAGCCCAUUCCCGCUUCUCCUGCAAAGGUCACUACAGAACCUGGGAAGGCAAACCCAUUUGAGAAAAAUAUAAUCUAUUAAGCUAACUUUAUCCAAGGAACAUAACCCAUAACUUCAGCCAAGUAUCCAGAAGAAUAAAGACAGGAAGAAAAAGUCUUCAUAAACACAAAAAAGCAGUUUCAAGGUUGGAUUUGAACACAGCCCUCAUGUUUAAGAGUCAAGUGUCUGUUCCCCUCUCCCCUCCAAACUUCUUAAUGCUUAUGAGGUCUUUCUGUUUGCCUUCAUCAUUGGUACAGUCAGUGUGCCAGUGUACGUUUACAUGCACUGUUAAGUUGAGGCACAGUUAGAGUUUAAUCCAACCACUUAACUGGAACCUUGUCCUUUUCCCAGUGUACGUGCAGGAAGUGGAAACUGAGUUAUUGACCGACCAUGUCUGACACCACAACGCUGUGAACUGUGUGAGAAAAUGCUGAAGAUGUUCUGCCUCUUUCUGAGAUCCAUCAUCCCAUGCAUGUGUUAGUCUAGUUUUUUUGUUCACUUACAGGAAACCUUUUUUCACAUAGUGACGGUAUGGAAAUGCUUUAAUGGAGUUAAUGGGCUGCAUGUCAGUGAUUUGUUCAGCCAUCUGACAAAAGCAACAGAAAAAGAUAUGAUAUAGAAAUUAUAACCCUCAUACUAUAACUAUGUGAUAAGGAUGAGAUUGGUUUUUAUGGGAGUUUGGAAGCAUAAAUAAACACUCUAAACACAUUGCUUGAGGUUAGUCACUAAAGUUAGCAUCUUUUAGGGGGCCUGGAACUAAAGAACAUGUGGAGAAAACUUUGGACAUAUUGAGUCCUUUUGAGAGCAUGCAUGCAUAACUAAAUUAAAAAUCAAAAUCUUGGUGUCUUAGUAUGGCUUGGAGAAUGUUUGGUCUGAUUUCAGUUGGGCUAACAUGCUUAAAUGCAUUUCCAAAGAAGGCUUUUUGACUUGUGUUAAAACCUGACAAGAGGUGUUCUUGACAAAGAUGCAGAAUGUGAUAAGCUGGGAAUGAAAAUGAGUUGGUAAAAGAGGUAUUCAAAAUACUUUGACAGUAAAAUAAAUCAUUUUCUAUAGCUCCAUGUUUAUUACACACCUUAAAUAAUUGUGUUAUAUAUACAUAUAUAUUGUUUAGCCUGCUUUAAGAUAAACACUCUCACACUUUAGCAAUAGACAUGUGAAAAUAUGCCCAUCUGCUCUCCAUGGAGCAAAUCUUUCCCCUUUUUCUACUUUUUCAAAAUAAGCCCAUAUAUACCAUGUAAUUUACCCAUUAUUCUCUGGGACAAUUUUUUCCCUAAAUGAUUGCCAAAACACUCUAAGUCAUAUCAACUCUCAUUUUUAAACAUCUCUCAUCUCCAGUUCCAGGUGAUAUAACCUGUUUAAUUCUUUACUGUGGGUGUAAUUUGUGAAAGUUUACACCCACGCUAAUUUUAGCUGAUUGCAGAGCUCAACUGGAAAGGGAAGAAUGGUUUUAGUGAAAAGUAGUGACAUGUUUUCUUUUUCUUCACAGUGGCAGAAAAAUGAAGUAGACAUUUGAAUCUAAGGUCGUGUUUGCACCCAUAUGAAACUUUUCCUGACCCAUAACCCACACUUCAGCCUUCCAUGGGCCCUGAACAUGCCUCCCUGUUGUGUUGCCUGGCAGCCAUUGAAGUUAAUUAUCAAGCAUCUUUUUCACCCUCAAAGACAUGUUUUUUUUUUUUUUUUUUUUUUUUGGUUCACUGUAUCUGCCUGAAGUACAUUGAAUUGUUCAUUUUUGUAUUUUUGAUUGUUGUUGAGGAUGUAAAGGGAAAGGCGCAGAUGCGGUGCAUUGUUGUCGUAGUUUUUAUUGUAUUUAUUUGAAAAAUAAAUUAUGGAUUUGUAUUUAUUUAGAUUACAACACACAGAGAUGGGACAGCUUAUUAUCAUCAAGCUACUGUGCCAAAAUGUUUUACCUAACACUCUAUAUUGACGGAUGAAUAAACGUAAUUUCAGAGGC